AUGAGGUUAAUACUACUAUUGCUAAUCCUCGUCAAAUCCAUCGAACUUCUACCAACUUCCAACAAGUGCAAUUCAUUCUACAUCCGAUGGCCACGAGUUCGUCUCAACUUCAAAGCUGUCUCGGAAGCGCGGCUCUCCCUGAAAGCCUGCCAAUCCGCUUGUUCAUUGGGCGAAGAUCCGAUAAGUCCCGGAAAACCGCUGGAAUGUGCCGCUAUCAAUCAUCAGAGUUCGCCCGAUGGUUUUUCGCAUCAUUGUGAUGUUUUUCAGCCGCAUCAAUUGCAGAAUGUUGAUGGAUAUGUGGAGGCGGAUGAUCGAUAUACGUUUUAUUGGAAAUAUUGUUUGUCGUGUGAGUUUUUGGGAGCCCUCAGAAGUUUGAGAAGCUUUUUCAGAAGCAUUUAGUGGCCUCCAGAAGGUUUGGGAGCCUUCAGAAGCUUGAGAAAGGCUUUCAGAAGCUUUUAAGAGCCUUCAGAACAUUUUGGGGGUCUUCAGAAGCUUCUCAGAAGCUUUUAAGAGCCUUUACAAUAUUUUGGGGGUCUUCAGAAGCUAUUAGGUUGCUUCAGAAGCUUGAGAAAUACCUUUAGAAGUUUUUGGUAGCCUUCAGAAGCUUGAGAUGCUUUUCAGAAGCUUUUGAGGAGUUUCAGAAGCUUCAGAAGCUUCUCAGAUGUUUUUAAGGGAAGAAGCUUCUAAGGGUCUUCUGAAGCUUGUGGGAGUUUUCAGAAGUUUUUGGGAGCCUCCAGAAGCUUUUCAGAAGCUUGAGAAUUAUAUUCAAAAGCUAUUGGGUUGCUUCAGAAGCUUGAGACAUAUCUUCAGAAGCUUUUAAGGGCCUUAAGAACAUUUUGGGGGUCUUCAGAAGCUUGAGAAAUACCUUCAGAGGCUUUUGAGGUUCUUCAGAAGCUUCAGAAUCUUCUCAAAUGUUUUGAGGGCCUUCAGAAGGUUGAGAAGCUUUUCAGAAGCUUUUGAGGAGUUUCAGAAGCUUUUCAGAAGUUUUUAAGGGCCUUAAGAACAUUUUUGGGGGUCUUCAGAAGCUUCAGAAAUACCUUCAGAAGCUUUUGAGAGGUUUCAGAAGCUUGUGACGACCUUCAGAAGCUUCAGAAGCUUUCCAGAAGUUUUUGGAAGCCUUCAGAAGUUUGGAGAAUUUUUUUUCAAAGUUUUAGGAACUUCAGAAAUUUAGAGCAUUUUUAAUCAGGCUCCACCCACUUUUCUGCAAGUCUGGCACGGUUUUUCGAGAGUGUAAACAGCUUAAUAAUUCAUUUAGCCACGUGGAUUGCUAUGACGUGGCAAACCACAGCUAAACACUACGAUGCUCCGCGUUUACACCUCGAAAAAUACCUUCAAAAGCUUUUUGAGGGUUUCAGAAGCUUCAGAAGCUUUUCAGAACAUUUUGGGGGUCUUCAGAAGCUUCAGAAGCUGCUCAGAUGUUUUUAGUGGCCUUCAGAAGCUCUUGGAGAACACUGAUGUUCCACAUCAUAGUUCUACUGAUCUUCCACGUCAAAAAUAUAUUUCUAGAAGUAAAAAUUAGACUUCCAGAUCCCCUAGAUCUUCUUCUAUCCUCAAAUCAUCCCCUCAUUUUUCCAGCCACCCGAAAAUGUUCCGGCGAAUACGCCUUCACCUAUCUCUCCGAUCGUUUCAUGGACUUCAAAUCAAUCGUCAAAACCACAAUCAAAAAUAGUUUAGAAGAAUGUUUGUCGGAAUGUUUGGAUGAAACCGGCUUCGAAUGUCGCUCGAUUUCCUUCAAUCGAACCGAUGGUGGAUGUCAUAUGUCGAAAGAUUCACAAAUCACUCGACCUGAGGCGAUUCGGCUGAAUAAUAAUCCGAAUUUCAGAAUUGAUUAUUAUGAGAACAAUUGCUAUAAUAGUGAGUUACUAUAACUAUUUGGGAAAAAAAAGGGCACGGGAUUUACCCUGGGUAAAGGGCACGGGAUUUACCCCGGGUAAAGGGCGCGGGAUUGACCCCGGGUAAAGGGCACGGGAUUUACACCGGGUAAAGGGUACGGGAUUUACCCUGGGUAAAGGGCACGGGAUUUACCCCGGCUAAAGGGCACGGAAUAUACCCCGGGUAAAGGGCGCGGGAUUUACCUCGGGUAAAGGGCGCGGGAUUUUACUACCCCGGGUAAAGGGCACGGGAUUUACCCCGGGUAAAGGGCACGGGAUUUACCCCGGGUAAAGGGCGCGGGAUUUACCCCGGGUAAAGGGCGAGGGAUUUUACUACCCCGGGUAAAGGGCACGGGAUUCACCCCGGGUAAAGGGCGAGGGAUUUUACUACCCCGGGUAAAGGGCACGGGAUUCACCCCGGGUAAAGGGCGAGGGAUUUUACUACCCCGGGUAAAGGGCACGGGAUUCACCCCGGGUAAAGGGCGAGGGAUUUUACUACCCCGGGUAAAGGGCACGGGAUUCACCCCGGGUAAAGGGCGAGGGAUUUUACUACCCCGGGUAAAGGGCACGAGAUUUACCACGGGUAAAGGGCACGGGAUUUACCCCGGGUAAAGGGCGCGGGAUUUACCCCGGGUAAAGGGCACGGGAUUUACCCCGGGUAAAGGGCACGGGAUUUACGCCGGGUAAAGGGCACGGGAUUGACCCCGGGUAAAGGGUACGGGAUUUACCCCGGGUAAAGGGCGCGGGAUUUACCCCGGGUAAAGGGCGCGGGAUUCACCCUGGGUAAAGGGCGCGGGAUUUACCCUGGGUAAAGGGCACGGGACCCCGGGCAAAGGGCACGGACCCCGGGCAAAGGGCACGGACCCCGGGUAAAGGGCGCGGACCCCGGGUAAAGGGCACGGGACCCCGGGCAAAGGGCACGGACCCCGGGUAAAGGGCGCGGACCCCGGGUAAAGGGCACGGACCCCGGGUAAAGGGCACAGGAUUUACCCCAGGUAAAAACACUAAUGUGUUUUUUUGUAGUGUCCGAGUCAUUCAAAUUCGAAAGCAAAUGUCUGGACAACGGAAUCUCAGUCAAAGUAAACUCGCGUCUUCCAUACACCGGUGCACUUUACGGACUAUACGAUUUCUUCACUUGCCGAAUCGAGCCCAAAGAAUCGAAUGAAUUCGAAUAUCUCUUCCCAUCUCCAAUGAUCUCGAAAAAUUGUUCAGAUUCGAUAAGGUUCAAGGGAAAUGAGAUGAUUCUUGAGGUUGUUUUAUCGACUGAUGGAAUUGAGCCGCUUUAUUUCAUUACUCCGGAUGAUUUGACAUAUCAGGCAAAGUGUCCGAUUAGGGAGCAGCAGCAGCAGAAAGUUAGCACAACUACGGAGAAAAUUGUGGCGAAGCCGAUUGUGCAUUUGGAUAAUCAGUGAGUUUUUGGUCGAUGGAAAUUUCACGGGAAAUUCAAAAUUUCGAGAUUUUCCUCCUUCAGUUUCUCAUUUCAUUUCCUCUAUAAUUUUGUUCUUCCCCCAUUUUUCCUUCCUAAGUUAGCCCAACUCAAGCUUUUAGAAACAAAGAGAUGGAAGCGUCAGCUCACGCAUUAUUUGAGUUACUCUCAAAAGUCAGCGAAGAGGACGAGCCUGCGCUGCAAAACACAUUUUCGUUGCCACUAACCACAACAACCAGGCAAGUUAUCACAACUCCAACAACCACCACCAAGAAGCCUGUCACCACCACUAGAAAGCCUACAACUACCACCAAGAAACCAGCUCCAACUACCACCAGACAAGUUAGCACAACUCCAAAAUCCACCACCACCAAAAAGCCAGUCACAACUACACACGUGGCAAUUAUUGUGGCGAAAGAUGCGCCAACGACUCGCGCCAAAUUAUUCACCACCAAACAUCCGCACACACAAAAAAUGCAAGUUUUCCCCCGCAUGUACUGUACCCCUAAACUAGAGUCUAGUUUUGCACGAUUUUUUUGAAAAAGGUUAUGACGUGGCAAAAUUCUUUCAGAUGCCUUUUAGGCUUAGGCUCAGGCUUAGGCUUAUCUGAAAUUGAGAAAAUCUGAAAUUCAGUAUUCUAGAUCUUGAAUUUUCUGAUCUCAUUCCUGACAUUUUUUUCAAUUUUCAAAAAUCUAAGAUUCCAAUCUGCAAAAAAAAUUGCCACGUCAUAACUUGAGAUUGCCAAAAAAUUCUGAAAUUGAAGUUUUGGAUCGCACCAGAGAGUUCACAAUGUCUAUAAGAAUUUUUUUUCAGAGAAGUUCCAACCACAACAUCUACAACAACAUCUACAACAACUCCAAGACCUCCACCUCCACCAACAACUACAGUACCUUCUACCACAUCUACAGUACCCCCAACUACCACAUCUACAGUACCUUCUACCACAUCUACAGUACCUUCUACAACAUCCACAUCUACAGUACCUUCUACAACAUCUACUUCUACAGUACCCCCAACCACCACAUCUACAGUACCUUCUACCACAUCUACAGUAGCCCCAACUUCAACAUCCACCCAAAAACCAUCAAAUAAUAGCUCGUGAGUCAGAUCUACCCAUGAAAAUCCUGAUCUCAAACAAAAUCCAUGAUCCAUAUUCCAGAAUGCCAAGCGUGGCCGGAAAACCAAAAACCGCUGUCAACUUCGACAUUUUCCACAAUGGUCAACCGGUUGAAGCGGUUGUGGUGGGCACGAAAAUCACACUGUCUUUCAUUCCACAUUAUCCGAUUCCACGUGGGUUUUUUCGGGGGGAUUUUGGAAGGAUUUGGGGGGUUUUUGGGAGUUUUGGGAGGCUUUCAGAAGCUUUGGAUAGCCUUCAGAAGGUUUUGGGAGCCUUCAGAAGGUUUUGGGGGCCUUCGGAAGCCUCUGGGGGCUUUCGGAAGCUUCUGGGGGCCUUCAGAAGCUUCAGAAGCUUUUCAGAAGCUUCUGGGGACCUUCGGAAGUUUCUGGGGACCUUCACAAGCUUCUGGGGACCUUCAGAAGCUCUUAAGAGCCUUCAGAAGUAUUUGAGGAGUUUCAGAAGCUUCUAGGGACCUUCAGAAGGUUUUAGAAGCUUCUGGGGGGCCUUCAGAAGCUUCUGGAAGCCUUCUGAAGCCUUCAGAAGCGUCUGGUGGAUUCUAGAAAGUUUUGGUGGCUUCUGGGGACCUUCAGAAGCUUCCGAAGCUUUUCAGAAGCUGCUGGAUACCUUCGGAAGCUUCUGGGGAACCUUCAGAAGCUUCUGGUGACCUUCAAAAGCUUCCGAAGCUUUUCAGAUCUCUCCACCCAAAAACACAUAUUUUUCCAGCCGAGUACAUCUCCGUCCGCGGUUGCCAAGUCGAACCAAUCGAUCCAAAAUACGACUGGGAACACGAGCCCCUCUUCAUAAUUCGUGACGGGUGUCCAGCCGACGGUGUCGGUCUCGUCUGCCCGCCAACACAAUCCGAAUACGGCGCCAAAAUCUCGGUAGAAGCGUUCCGCUACCAAACCACCGGCCAAGUUCAAUAUUCCUGCCUCGUUCGAAUUUGCCCAUUCGCACCUUGCCCCAAAUCCAAUUGUGAAGAUGUGGAGGGCUGCGAUUCGAAUUACAUGCAUCGAUAUCGUCGGGAACUUUCCUUGGAUGAUAUUAGACGGGCACUUGAGGCGAAUCCUGAAUUGGCUUCGCAAAUCGGAAUCUCACCCAAUGCUUUUACCACGACAAAAGGAUCCAAUAAACACUUCACAAGUGUAGUUCGUAAGUUCAGGAUUUUCCAGUGAGAACUUCUAGAGAUUCCUGAUUUUUUCUAGAAGAGCAACAAAGAAUAUCGAUUGGUGGCGAUCAUGUUGUUCGACGUCGAUUAGUUGUCGUCAAUUCCGAAGAUCAACUUCGAUAUUAUGUUCGGACUGGUGAUAUUUUGUAG